CUCACAUUGAGGAGGAGGAGGAAGAGCGGUGUGUUAGAGGUUAUGAAGGAGUGGCUUCAGCACGCGAGCUGUUUACAGUCAUCAUCCAGUCUCCCGGUUCGUCGCAGGGCAGGAGCCAUGUUGUAACUUUUCCUGAAGUCCGUCCAAGUUUUGUGGCAGCUGUUCGCUAAAUGCUGGUUUUCAUUUGACCUUAAAAUGAUCUCCAGCAGUUUUCUAGUCGCAGUGCAGAGAGGAUGCACGCAGACCUUCACACGACCUAUUUCCCUCUCGAUGGUUCAGUGCUGCCUGCAGUCUACGCAGGCUGUCCCUGCAGCGCGGCUGCCUUACAGAGUGAAGGUGUCUGCUGGGAAACGCUACGCCUGGUGUGCUUGUGGACACAGUAAGAAACAGCCUUUUUGUGACGGUGCUCACAAGUCCAAAGCUCCGAGUAUCUCCCCUCUACGCUUCACCCCUGACAAAGACAGGACGGUCAUGCUGUGCGCCUGUAAGCAAACCAAAAACGCACCGUACUGCGACGGUUCACACUUUAAGGUCAUCUUCCGGGAUAUAGUGAAGUCAGUGAAAGGCAUCUUUAAAUGAAAGACAAUAAUUUAUCUCGACUCAACAUAAAUGCAGUAGUUGUGGAGAUGUGAUGUCCAGCACAAUUUUGUCCUUCAUUCCUCGUCAGGCUGAUAUUUUUGUCUGUAUAAUUAUAUUGUUUUGUUUUGGGGUUUUUUUAAAAAUAUAUUAGUUUGCCUGAAUGUUGUAUAUAAAUGCAUAACCCAAUAAAACAUACUUGAAAAUA